ACUGUGUGGCUCUGUGAUUUCCAGGCUUGUUUGUUACAGCCAUUCUGAGUGAAUAUUUGGGAAUAACUCACACAGACUUCCAUAUUUUGCUGUUCCUACCGACACCAGUGAAGUGUAUUGGCUGGGUGCUUUGCAUCCAGCUGACUUUAGAAGCGGCUGCCUCACUGCUAGAACAGCAAAACCAGUACUCGAGGAGUGCUUGCUGCCUUGGUUGUUGGGGCAGUGUUGGCUGGAACAUGUACUACAUUUAAAACUGAUCUCAUUAAGAGGAGGAGGGGAGUGCUACUGGUAAUUUCUUAUCAGCCUCCUCUCCAGCCUCCAAGCCCGUUAACUCUAUCUUGUGCAUCUCGCGCUCCUCAUGACUGUGUUUUGUUGCCCAUCCUUUCCUUUCUCCAGCCUGUUGGGUGAGGUGAGGAAAGGCUUUUCUGCUCCAGGUGAGCCAAAGGGAGAUCUGGUGCCCGUCGGCCAAGCCAGGCAGCCUGAGUCCCCUGUGCCACACCUGCCCUGGGCACAGCUGCUGUGCACUUGGCUGGGGGGCACGCUGUUGCUGGUGGGGCCAUUGCUGUCCCAAAGGAGGCACAGUGGGGUGCAAUGCCUUGUAACCCAUGUCACUCCUGCCCAGAUUCCCAGUGCUGCGUCUACCACUGCUGCGGGGUCUCUGUUGGGGUCACCAUUGAUAAAUUACCUUUUCAUGGAGAGCGGUGGUUGCUUGGACAUGGAGUUUCUCCACUGCUAUGGGAGUUCAAGCAUCCCAUGAGCUGCUGCCUGUGUGCUGCCAGCGGUUCUCAGUUGUACACGCUGGCUUUGGCACAGGUUGAUUUGGCGGUUUCAAAACUGCCACUGUUGAAACUGAGUGUGGGAACUGCCAACCAGCAUGCAAAUUUGGUCGGACCGCUGCACGUGGAGUUCUCCCAGCCUGUGAACCUGGAGGAGGUGGCGAGCGCAAACCCUGAGGUCAGGGAAGGAGGUCGUUUUGCUCCAAAGGACUGCAAGGCGCUGCAGAAAGUAGCAAUCAUCAUCCCAUUCCGAAACCGAGAGGAGCAUCUGAAGUACUGGCUCUAUUACAUGCACCCAAUUCUUCAAAGGCAGCAGUUAGAUUAUGGAGUGUAUGUCAUCAACCAGGAUGGAGAUGAAGAAUUCAACCGUGCUAAACUGCUGAAUGUAGGAUUCAUGGAGGCUUUGAAGGAGUAUGACUAUGAGUGCUUUGUGUUUAGUGAUGUAGACCUGAUCCCAAUGGAUGACAGGAACACCUACAAGUGCUACAGCCAACCAAGGCACCUCUCUGUCUCCAUGGAUAAAUUCGGAUUUCGGUUACCCUACAAUCAGUAUUUCGGAGGCGUGUCUGCCUUGAGCAAAGAGCAGUUCACAAAGAUCAAUGGGUUCCCAAACAAUUACUGGGGCUGGGGCGGCGAAGACGAUGACAUCUACAACAGGCUGGUGUUCAAAGGCAUGGGCAUCUCUCGGCCGGAUGCCGUCAUUGGGAAAUGCAGAAUGAUUCGCCACUCGCGUGAUCGGAAGAAUGAGCCCAACCCUGAGAGGUUUGACCGAAUUGCUCACACCAGGGAGACAAUGAGCUCCGAUGGCUUGAACUCGCUCUCCUACAAGGUGCUAAGGACUGACAGGUUCCCUCUGUACACGAGGAUCACAGUGGAUAUCGGCUCUCCCAGCAGCUGACACAGCCAGCGCGGCAGAGACCUCGGGCCACUGCCCCGGACGCUGGGCUCGCAGAUUCUUUGUGUCCUCGGGUUUUGUAACGGUUGUGAUGAACCACAAGGAGGUCUCUCUGCAUGUCAAAGCCUCUCCAAACGGGCUGGACAACUGCUUCUCCCGUUGGUUGUUUUUGUAACUUCACCUCCAGCUCUCCAUUGUUUUGUAAGUUCAGAGGCUGUAGGUAACAGGUGUAAAUGUUUCCUUUUGCCAGAAAAUGUUGAAUCUGAUCUGCUACAGUGCUCCCCAUGUUCAGUCAUUGCUGGUCCAAGAUUAGUCUACUGACCACAGCUGCGGUGCCUCAGCAAUUACUGCCCAUGAUAUGGGUUUUUAAAUUGGGUGGAUGAAAACAUUCCUUUUAAUUCAUUCCUUGGUUUUAUUUUAUGAAGGACUGUAAAAACGCUGCUAAAAUUGUACGAGUUUACUCAUUUCAUUAGAUUGUUUUUUUUUUUUUUAACAGAGACAAAAUUACGUGGGUUUUUUUUUUGUUGUUGUUGUUGUUGUUGCUGUUCGUUUGUUUUCUCAUAGUGACCAAAGCAAACAGCCUUCUCUGCGUGCAGAGCACAUGUUGAAUAACCAAGUGUGGAUUCAGUGAAUGUCACUGUGUCUUUCAGUCUCAAAAGAGACCUCGGAGCGAGUCGAGCCAGAACGUGCCCUCCACGAGCUCCCUGCAUGGGCUGGGUGCUGCACAGAAGUGCAGCACCUCUUUGUGACCCACAGCACCUGCUGGCUCCCAGCAGCCUGCCCGCUGGGUGGGACUUCUGGCCUGGGCAGAGCAAGACGCCUGGGAGAUUUCUUUGGUUGGCUGGGGUGGUUGCCUGUUUGUUUGUUUGUUUGUUUGUCUGUUUGUUUGUUUUUCCCUAGAAGAGUGGAUGGGUUUAAUUGCACAAGGGAAUUGAUAGCCUUAAAAUUUGCAGACACUUUUAACGGUGGCAGGAGGUUGCCACGCUCUUUAAACAUGGUCUGAAGGUUCUUAAGAACAACAUUCUGCUUGCAAGGUCAUGUGUAAAACUUGAAUUCACUUAUUACUUUUAUUGUCGUUGUAACUUUUUGGAUAACUUUUUAAAGGAAUUUGUAUAUCAUAAGUGGUAUAUUUAAUGCCAGAUUAAAGCAGGGUGCAGCAUAAUGGCAUACGCUUCGAGGCCUCCUUUAUCUUCAGGCUGGUAGGCUCUCUGUGUCGUGACACACGAGACGUGCUGAAUUUGCUCUGGUGCUCGCCCACCAGCCCCUGCAGCGCUGAGCUGCUGGCAGGACACGAGGUGCGUUUGCAAUGGAGCCUGCUGUCAGGCUGUGCUAAGGUUCCUCGCAGCGCUCCGGGGAGGAGAGGAGCGAGGCUGCAGGGCCCUGCCUUCUGCUCAGCACCGCUGCUCCCAUCCGCAGCCCUGGGGAAGCUUCGGGCACCGACGCCUCGGAGCUGCUUCAAGCGGUGUAAAGCUCCCAGCCAAAGCAGAUGACACAAUUCCUUCUGGUGAGUCCUGCCCGCCAGCUCUGAUCACAGCAGUUUGCACUUCCUUGGCCUGUGCUGAAGGCUGUUGAAAUCAGGGACAUGCGUAUUGGGGAUCAUCUUCAGCACUGCCUUUUUUUUUCUUUUCUUUUUUUCCCUUUGAUUUUUUUUUUUUUUUCCCUUUUCCUUUUUGGGGAUAUAGGACCAUUUAGGGCCCGAAGGUUUUGCUGAACCCUUGCACUACAGGGGUGGGAUCCUGCAGGGCCGGGGGACAAUGCCUUGCUCUAUUGCCUUGAUGUUUCUUCCCAGCCAGCAGUGACUCCAAGGAUGCGCAGACCAUGCUCACAGCGAGGUACCCAGCUGCCCUCCCAGUCUCGCUCUGGGAACGUGCUCACCCCACGCACUUACACACGGCAGCUGGGCAGACCUGCUGUGCCAGCCACACUUGGCAUGGCAUGAGGGUGGGCUUGCAGAGCAGCUUGAAGGAGUCACCUUUUGGCAGGUCAGGCUCUGAUGCAUGCAGAUACAAGGGGUGCAAGAGUAGGAUGUGUUACAGAAGCCAGGCCAGAUACCCAUCUGCAGAACCUUGGCAUAGCCACAGGCUGCACCAGUAACUGAGAAGCAGGCGAGGGCGGUGGUUUUGCUUUUAGAUUUUCUCAGAGGUGCCUUGCAGGCAGGGCCCUGCUCCCACAGGGCAGCUCAGCACCAUCCCCACUGAGCCCCACCGCCAAUCCAGGAUCUCUGAGAGAGUACCUCGAUUUGGCCCAGAGCCUCUGAGCUCCAGAAAGCUGGAACCUGUGGCAGUGGUGGUACCUGCCUGCUCACCAGCUGUGCAAAGCACCCACCUUCUGUAUCGGAGCGUUCUGCUGGUUUUUGCUUGUUUGUUUCUCCUCUGUGAGUAUCUGGAGAUUAGGAAAAGUUAGUGUAAUGAGUUGUUGUCUUGCUGUAUGCUGGAAUCACGGGACAUCACACAGGUGGUCUGAGCACUUGCUUCUGGCUGUUGCAAUAGGAGCUGUCUACAGAUGUGCCUUGAAAGAGCAGAGAGAUGGGAACUGGAAAACCAGGAAACCUGAAAACAUUUUUCAGCGCAGAGGCGCUGGUGGAGCAGGAAGCUGCUGCCUUGUUUCUUUACCGACACACAUUCGAUGUCAAAGCUGGCUCUGCUUCUCAUUUGUUUCACCCUUUGGGGCCAACUUGUGAUAUCCAACUCUCAUCCCUGCGUAAGCUGUGCUCCUUGUGCUGGUGAGAUGCUUUUGGCUCAGCCUGGCCCCAAAAUUGUCCCUGGGGGCACACGUUUACACAAAACUCAGUUUUCACCUGUGCCGGGUGGUUCUUCCCCUCCUGCAGCAACACCCAAAGCAGUGCUGUGCAUGGUGGUGGACACACGCAGGGAAUGGCUGCAGAGGAAACGCCGAUGCUCGGUUUCCUUGGCGUUGCUGUUUGCUUGCAGGGAUGAGGGAGGGUCCCGGCGUGCAGCUCUUCCCCUGGAUGUUACUUGUGUACCGGACUGUUCACGGGUCUCCCACAGAUGGUUUUGCUUUUGCAUUUUUAUCAUUUAUAUGCCGAUGGAUGUGUAGUCCAAUGUUCCUAUUUUACUGCUGGUGUCAAAUAAAGUAUUUUCAGUUAACGAUG